GCCUGAAAUAGCUGAGAUGCCCUUGAUUGUGAUAAAGCAACAGCCUUUAACUUUUGAGACUGAUUCAAAAGAUUUAGCCUCAGUUUUAUUAUUCUUAUGCUCCCUUAUCUUAGAUCAUACUCUUAAUAGUUCGCCUAUCUCAAACCGUAAUAGACCCUCCAUUUUGAUAUUUACUCCUAUUAACUAGUAAAGAACUUGUAUCUCUUGUGUCCAAAGGACUGAAAUCAAAACUCUUGGUUCUAUAACUACUCUUAAUAUUGCUCUCUCUACAACAAAGCUAGUUCUCCUUGUGAUGUUCAGAACAAAUUACAGACUUUCUCCUUUGAGUUGCUCUGUUUUAGCUCAUAUUCCUUCUGACUCUAUUACUUCACAGUACUUUUAAAGGCAUGGAAUUUUUAUGGAGAAGGGCUUCAGUUUAAUCCUCUUCUUGGAAAAAUUGAUAGUUCAUGCUUAUU